GCGAGUGAAAGAUGGCGGAGGGCGGUGGCGGCGGCGAGGCGGGCGAGGAGGGGCCGAGGGCGGUGGGGCCGCGGCCCCCGAGCGCGCGGGACUUGCAGUUGGCCUUGGCAGAAUUAUAUGAAGAUGAAGUGAAAUGCAAAGCUUCCAAAUCUGAUAGACCUCACGCUACAGCCUUUAAAAGCCCACGAACAACACCUCAAAGGUUCUAUCCAAGUGAACAUGAAUGCAGUGGAUUACAUAUAGUUCGACCUUCAACUGGGAAAAUUGUGAAUGAACUUUUCAAAGAGGCAAGGGAACAUGGGGCUGUCCCUCUGAAUGAAGCCACAAGAGCUUCGAGUGAUGACAAAUCUAAGUCUUUUACAGGUGGAGGAUACAGAUUGGGUAAUUCCUUUUGUAAGCGGUCUGAAUACAUCUAUGGAGAAAAUCAGUUGCAAGAUGUUCAGAUUUUGCUUAAACUGUGGAGCAAUGGUUUCAGCUUAGACGAUGGAGAAUUGAGACCUUACAGUGACCCAACAAAUGCUCAGUUUCUGGAGUCCGUUAAGAGAGGAGAGAUUCCCCUGGAGCUUCAGCGGCUGGUUCACAGAGGCCACGUGAAUCUGGAUAUGGAGGAUCAUCACGAUGAAGAAUACAUAAAACCUAGACUGAGGUUCAAGGCUUUCAGUGGAGAAGGACAAAAACUUGGGAGCCUCACACCUGAAAUAGUCAGUACGCCUUCCUCCCCGGAAGAAGAGGAGAAGUCACUACUUAAUGCAGUUGUUCUUAUUGAUGAUUCCGUGCCAACGACCAAAAUUCAGAUCAGGUUAGCAGACGGGAGCCGUUUGAUACAAAGAUUCAAUAGCACACACAGGAUCCUGGAUGUUCGGGACUUUAUUGUACAGUCCCGUCCUGAAUUUGCAGCUCUUGACUUUAUUCUCGUGACUUCAUUUCCAAACAAAGAGCUAACAGAUGAAAGCCUGACACUACAAGAAGCAGAUAUUCUUAACACUGUGAUACUCCAGCAACUAAAAUGAUGUUGCUCCUACCCAUGCAGUAGCAUGUAGGAACGGUAAUGUGCCAUGUUAGUGAGGAAAACACUUAGAGCGUAAAAAGUUAUUUUUAUUAUUUAUACAGAUAAAUUUUGGUUUUAUUCUUAUUCUGUCUUCCAGCUUUAGUCUAGACACAUUUGGAGUAGGAAUAGAUCUUGAGAAGUAUGUUUGAGGUUUUAGCUGCAAGGGCUGGCUUCUGUUGAUAGCUUUUAAAUAUUCAGGCAAACCAAUUUGAUACAUGAUCAGAGUUAAAGCAACAACAUUUGUUUGCAGAGAAAAUGAACAAAACCCCAUUUUGAUAAAUGCAUUUGGUAAAAUCUGCACUAAAGUUUCUUGAUGCUGCAUUGAUCAACAGCCAUUAAGAAAUCUUCUGACCAAAUACUUUGAAAAUUUUUCUGUAAUGUGUACCGAAAAGUAUCUGUAUGUGAUUUUGAAAUACUUUGAUCAUACGAUAAUUAUUUCUCCUAUUAAGAUUUUACACAUCCUUUUUCCUUGCUGAUUUAGCUGUUUACUCAUGUCAGAAAAUACAGUUUAGCCUUGUAUUUUACAGGACUCUGACCAUCCUAAACUAGAAACAAAGACAAAGGUCAGCAGUUCCUGAGGAGAUGUGUCCACCAGCACUUUAGAGUAACUCCAGUCCCUCGCAGAGCCUGUCGUGACCACAUUCACUUAUUCAUUCAGCACGUUGUUCUAGAGGACCCAUUACAUAUACUAAACACUGUUCUAAGUGUUCGACCCAGAAUGUAGUCUAUCGCAAGACAAAAUGAGUGUAGAAAUACAGGAAUGUAAAUUCUGUCAGCCAGACUGGAUCUGAAGAGUUACCAGCGUAAACGUCUGCGUUUCUGCUGACGCCACAUAUUUCCUGAGUGAGGGAGGCUACAGCAGGAUGAGAGAAAAGCUUUUCCUUCUUCCCAGACACCAUUUCAUCUUUGGUCACCCCUCCUGGUUAGUCUUUUAUUGUAGUCUUUUAUUGCUGCUGUAACAAAUUACUACAAAUUUAGUGGCUUAAAAUAGCCUAGGUUUCUUCUGUAGGUGAGAUGUCUCACGUGGGUCUCACUGGGCUAGAGUCGGGUGUCAACAGGGCAGCAUUCCUCUGGGGAGGCUCUAGGGGAGAAAUGUUUCCUUGCCUUUCCAGCUUGGAGAGGCCACCUGCAUUCCUGGGCUUGUGGCCCUUUUCCAUCUUCACGACCAGCAAUACUGUAUGUCUCUGGCUCCAGUGUCAUCACAUCUCUUUGAGGACAGCCGGGAAAGAGUCUCUGCUUCUGAGGACUCAUGUGAUUAGAUGGGUCUGCCAGAUACUCCAGGAUGACCUCCCAUCACAAGGUCCACAGUAACCUUAACCGAAUCCUUGAAAUCCCUUUUGUCGUGUAAGGUGACCUGUCACAGGUCCCUUCUGCAGGCACCAGGGGUGGUCUCUUCUUCGCCUCAUCCAACUUGUAGAGGCGGGUGGCAUCCCUUCCCUUGCGGCCGUAUCCCUCCACGUCUCCGCUUCUGUCCUGACAUCAUUUACUUCCGACUUUGAUUCUCCUGCUGUCUUCUUACAAGCACCCUAGUGCUUACAUUAGGUUCACACAGAUAAUCCGGGAUAAUCUCCUCAUCUAAAGUAUGAGUGAGCAUCUGGGUGUGCGUCCUGGGACACAGUUUCUCUCCAUCUGUGAACCUAGAGACCCAGGUAUCUACUCCCAAAUAUAAGGGUUCGACAGGCAUAGAAUAAUCGUUACAAACCUUCCUGUUCAAAAAAAUAGAAACUGGAAGGGAAGGAGGAGGCAGCAGUGCCAAGCGAUUUAGAAGUUCAGCCAGGCACAGUCCGUUAGGUUUCGGGGCCUGCGAGUAUCUUCUGUGGCUCCCAGCAGCAUCCCACAGACGUGUGGCUUUCCCUCAGGGUCUUUCCUUAUACAUGAAAGGUAGCAGGUGUCUGCAGCUGAGUACUUCUGUCGGCUUGUUUCUUGCCUGUGGAAUCGUGGGAGGUCCAGCCAUCUCUUUUCGUUUCAUCCUGUCUCUGUCCCUUUUCGUUUAAGACGGCAGUGUCUGUGGGUCUUCUGUGCCUGUUACAGAAGUUGCUGCAUUAGACGGGAGGCUCCUCCCCAGAGCUUUCCUAGAUAAUCCAGCUCUCUUUCUGGCCUUUUCUGAGAUGGCUGAGGGGCUCUGUGAGUCACACUCUUAAUCUCUUUAAAGAGCCUUUGAUGUGACCUUUUUUUUUUAUCUUUCUCAGGUAUUAGCAAAAAGUUAUAGGCCACAAUCUCAUCUCUUUCCUUAGAGCCGUCUUUCCUGACAGUGAAUCUCUUAAUGUCUUUGCCGUUCGGGUAAACUAAGAAUUUCCAAGUCAUCAAGUCCCGUUUCCUUCUUUUUUAACAGUCCUUCCCUCAACUGAUCUGCUUCCUCCCACGUUUUACCAUAAUCAGUAGGGAGAAAGCAGGCUGCGCCUUCCCCGCCUUGCUUGGAAGUCUUUUCAGCUCGGUGUCCCGAGUCUCUCCCUCACGCCUCUGGCUGUCCCCGCGGCUGCACUGCAGCCAAGCCUCCUGCCGCUGUGUCGCCGGCAUCUCUUUACCUUCCGCUUCCCGCAGCACGUUCCGCAUUCCCCCCUGAGCCCUCACUGGCCGCGCCUUUCAGGUCCUUGUCGCUAGUAGGCGUGUCCUCCCAGCAGCCGCGAGCGCCCCUUGCCUUCUCGGAGCCCGGGCUGGCUGCCGUCCGCAGGGCUCAAGGCGGCCUCGGCUCUCUCCUGCCGCUGCCCGGGCGCAAGGCCACCUCUGCACUUGUAGGUCUUUGUUACAGCAGCGCUCGCUGCAGGGUGUCUGGCAAAGCCCACUGUGCCUCCUCGCUGCCGCCUGACUGGAAUGUGCCAGGAGGAGCUUUGGACGUGACCUUUCUCCGGGGCUCCCCUCGCUUCCAGGAGCUGAACUUACCCGUGUGAGGGGCGGAUACCGCGGAAGUGUUGGUCUCAGCACCGCAUAGAAAGCUUGUUCUCGGUGUCGUAAUCCAGAGUAAGAAGCGUAGUCCUGAGUCUUCUCAGAAUGGGAAGCUCUGUUCCUUUCCGCUAAUUGAAAAUAACCUGGAGAAUAUAGAAAUGACCGUUCAAACAGUCAGCCUCUGUUCAGAAAGGUUACCAGGGAUAAACUGCAUUUUCAAGGGGCAAAGCCGUAUUCCUGCAGAAAUAAUCUAUUGAAACAAGCUAACAUCUUAAAUAGAAGGGCAUUGCCCUGUUUUGGAUUAACAAAAUGGAGAAAACAAUUAACCAAACCCUGUAAAAUUAUUUGAAACGUUAUUCUUGUAGUUCCUUUUUAGUCCGGUAGAUGGAGUGCCUGUAGACGCACAUACAAAAACGACUGCCAUUUCUGUAUAUAAUGGUUCCAAGAUAGAUUCCCAUCGGGAGGGAGGAUCAAACACCCAGAGGGGUGAACAGUACUUUCGUGUGUUCUACAAAGUGUUUUGCUUCGUUUAGAGUUUUCCUGAAUUCUUUGUACUGUUGCAGUCGCUGUAACUUUUAAAAUUUAUAAUCCUCUCAGAAGAGAUUGUGUGACGUCAUUUGUUUUGCAUGACGUGUGUAAGGACGUUUUCACGCACCAAUAAAGAAUGUUUUCACUGAAAGUGAUUGAAAAUCCUUUUCAGAAUUCCCUUUGAUUUGCAGCUUUUUUUAGUGGCCUAGUGAAGCAUUGUAAGGGUAACAUUUCCUGUGGUACGUCUUUUUGAUGGGCAGAAGGAUCUGAGCUGUAGCGAUGUUAUCUGUUUCCCAUUACUGAUUCUGUUUUUAUUCCACCAAAAUAAAGGUGCAGAUUUUUCUUCACUUUGGCCACACUGGAUCUCUUGAAAACCUUGUCACGACGUGUGUUGUUGAUACGGUGCCUCAUGUUCUCCACUUAAGAGUUUUUGUCCCUCAUCAGCGAUGCACAUAAAUACAUAUGUGUCCGGUGUUGUCAUAAAGGCUAAGAAACACUUUCUAUAAUCCUCUAUCUAAUUUUAAAGUAUCUUUUAAUUCCGAGUAAAUGUUUUGUAAAAGGAGCCCCAUUGCAUAUGUAUAACAGAGUGCGUGGUGUUUGUACGGCACAUAUAAAUCACUCAUGUGGCCCAGAACUAACACCUAGCUGUAGUCUACUUAGCUUAAUACUUAACAAUUUGGCCUCUUUAGAAUUUGGAGCUAUGACCUAAGUCUCUGAAAAAAUAGGAGGACGGGGAGCUUUCUUUAGAAAGUUUGAACUUGAUGAUUUAUUUUCUUUUAGAUAAAUGUUUCUAUAUUGUUAAAAACAAGACUGUAGCCCAAAACGGGUUCCCUAAAUGCCAAGGCCCACGUCACCAAACCCUGACUUAGACUUAAUUACAGCGUGGGCUCUCCCGGAAAUGGAAUCUUAAACCAGUCAAUCGACAAUCUGAUCAGCACUAAUUAGGUCAUCUGUCUGAUAAACCCUUGCCACCCCCUAAAGGAAAGUGACCUUAGCCAUAACCACCCUGCUUUUCUGCCAGUGUAUCUUCCUGUUCCCACCCUCUUCUGCCUAAAAAAGUCUCGGCUUGACCAGCGACUGGGAGCUCGUUUCUAUUUGCUAGAUUGGCUGCUGCCCAUUCGUGAAUUGUUCAAUAAAUUCAGCGAGACGUUUAAAAUUUAUUCAUUUAAAUUUUUUUUUUUUUCACACUAUGAAGCAAAAGACUUUCAGAAUCCUUCUGGGGAGCUGCAACCUUACAACUUCCUGAGUCCUGACUAGGUGAUCUCAGAUGGCUUCUUGGGCUGCUCAGAGGAAAUCUACAGUAGGAAAGGUGGAAAUAAUUCCAUUCUGUUGAGUAUAUCACAACAUUUCUUGCUUUCUUUGGAGAUAAUUACCAACUUAUUAGCAUGGACUUAGAGACGUCAUACAAUCAGCAAUACAAUAGUUUUUCAAUUGGCUCCUGUCCACUGAAAAAAAAAAAAAAAGCACAACAUGGGAGUUAUGAGUUAAGUUUUAUUUGGGGCAAAAUGAGAACUAUAGCCCUGGAGACAGCAUCUCGGAUAGCUCUGAGGACCUGCUCCAAGGAGAUGGGGGAAGGUCAGUGCUCUAUAGGAUCUUAGUGAAGGGCGGCCGUGCAGUCAGGCACACACGUGGAGCAGAUGUCACCGUUUGUGAUUUUAGAGCUCUUCUAGAUACGAGGAGAUGCAAGAAUUUGAGCUCAUAAAAUCUUCUCUUGAAAAUAUCUAACUAUCUGAAGGCCUGUUCUGCCAGUUUUUCCCAGAGCACAGAUGCCUCGCUCCUGAUCUCCACCCCGAGCUCCUUUCAGGGGACGUUGAAGGUCAGCGGCUGCGCUGGCUACGGACUUCAUCCUUGUCGAGCCAGGUGACGAGCGACAGGUUUAGUUGGCACUCCUUUUGAAUGAAGUUAUAUGUGUUAAUUAGGCACCAAUAAAAGAGGUCCAUGAGAUUAAAGGCAGCUGCCUUUUCUCCUCCGAAAAUUCUCUCCUGCCCUUUACUCUCUUGAGUGUAAACUCUCUUAGCGCUGCUGUUUAUUCGUGUAGAUGUCAACACAGACGUAUGUACAACAGUGACUUUCCUUGUCUAACCCUGGGGAUAGAAGAGUGCUUAAAAGGAGUGGAUGUCCUUUGAUUUUAUGCCUCUGUGUCUGCUUUUUGGUUUGUAUUUUCCUUGUCUGCAUGGGGCACCUUUCAGUGUCCUUUUUAGAACAUUGUUAAUUAUAAAAGGUCCAACAUGGUAGUUUCUGUAGUUAACAUUUUUCCCGCUUUGUUUUUCAUUUUUGUCCCUGUGGGAAAGGCUUGUUUCUUCUGUUGUCAACAGAUUUUAUCAUUUUUAAUCGUAGGAUCAAGAAUGGUAGAAAGUAUAAGUUUUAGUUUUCUGUCAGAAUCUAUGUUGACUAGGAAGUAGCAACAAUAAAUACUACAAAUACUCAGAACAUCAGUAGGCUUGGAAGUGAAAGCACGAACAUAGCUGAUACAAGUGGGCGGUCCUGCCCCCAGCCUGGGAUUUUUAACUGGGUCUGGGCUUUUGAGCACAGGAGGGCAUAGGACGAAGUAACAUCUUCGAGAAAGAAAUGUUCAUCCUUCCUACAAAUCAAUGUCAGAUUUAACGUUCCCUGAGCUGAAGAGGUCACUCUUAUUAAUGUAGUGAACUUAUAUGCAAAUGAAAGUUUCAUAUAUGCAUGUUAUAAAUACAUGAUAAUAACACCAAGGCUGAGAGGUGGGGUGUUUUUUUCCCUUGAAAACCUAUUAUAAAUGUUUGUAAUGGGAGUAAAUGUUACUGUUUUUUUGGGGGGGGGGUAUUUAUUUAUUUAUUUAUUUUUGGCUGUGUUGGGUCUUUGCCGCAUGCGGGCUUUCUCUAGUUGCAGCGAGCGGGGGCUACUCUUCGUUGCAGCACGUCGGCUUCUCAUUGCGGUGGCUUCUCUUGUUGCGGAGCAUGGGCUCUAGGCGCGCCGGCUUCAGUAGUUGUGACACGUGGGCUCAGUAGCUGUGGCUUACGGGCUCUAGAGCGCAGGCUCACUAGUUGUGGCGCACGGGCUUAGUUGCUCCGCGGCAUGCGGGAUCUUCCCGGACCAGAGCUCGAACCCGUGUCCCCUGCAUUGACAGGCGGAGUCUUAACCACUGUGCCACCAGGGAGGUCCCAAAUGUUACUGUUUGAAACAGUGUGUACAAAGGUGUUCUACGGCUAUUCAAACUCAUCUGACUUUCCAUUCUUUAACACGAAGCAUGUGUGUGGUUCAUUUGUGAUAAAUGUGCGUAUGUUGGAGAUCGGUGCUGGGGUUCAGCGUUUAUUGAGGGCUCACUCAGAGCAGAAUCCUGUAUCUGGCGGGCAGCAUGUCACUUGCGGUCAGUGUCACCCUGACCCCAGCCUGGAUGUGAUUUCUCCGGAGAGCCCCCCACUCCCCAGCCCCACUCAUGCUUUGGUCUAAAAUCCUCCCUUGUCCACAACUCUCAGUCCCACUACCCUGUUUACUAUAGCAUUCGCAAUACCAACAUUUCCUUGUCCAUUUAUUUGAUUUUAUCCCUACUUCCUAACAUUCGGGCGCUCUUUCCUGUUCCCCCUGACAAUUAUAAAACGAAAACGAUUUGGUGCUGAGUUUGAUGUCCUUUGUCCAAGAGAAAACAAUCCAUGGAUUGGGGAGUACAGAGCCCCACAAGCAGUGAGGGAGGUUUGGGGUCAAGAGUGAGUUCACAGAGCUCAGAAGAGGCAACCUGGAAACAGGGCCUGACUCACUAGGAGGCGGGCGGUUUCCUCAUGAGGCUGGCAGGGCCCAUUUUCUAGGGUGUGGUGAGCUCACUAAAGCUGAAUUGGAGGAUUGUGAUUGGUGGGUGUUAAGAUUCCUUGUCAGGUGUUUCCCAGAAAUCAGGCUGGUUGAGGUUUAGAUCUGUGGCAUGGGCAAGCCCCUAGGACGGCCUCCAUUAUUACAUGGGUCUCCCUAAACGAAUUAACUUUAUCACCCCAGAUUCUCAGAAUGUGAGUCUGUGAGAGCAGGGGUUGUUUUUAACCUACUGCUGUGUCCUUAGAGCCUAAAACAAUAACCUGGACAUAGUCACUCAGUAAGUGGUCCAUAAGUAACAAAUCAGUGAAUUAAGAUUGGGACCCUCUGAACGUUGGAAGAAUAUAUGCAUUCAUGUUUUAAAAAGGAGAUUCCGAAUAGCGCCAAUAGAGUCGAUACUGGUGACAGAAAACAUCUGUAUAUUUUGUUUGGGUUUAAAGGAAGGAGGAGGAGAAAAGUGAUCUGGAAGUGGUGGCCUCGACUCAUCCCAAGGGUGGGAGCAUCUGUAUCUGUGAGCGGGUGGUCCGGCCGUUUCCCCAGGUAGAAUUGGGGCGAAGAGGGCUGAAGAAUGUGCUCCUGAGAAGCCUGCGGAGGUAAGAUGCCUGGGAUUGUCUGAAAGCCAGUAGCAGGGGCUGGGAUUCUAGUUUAGAGAUGAGGAAGAACAACGCUCUAUAAAGACCUGGUAGAAACCCCUCGGAGGGCUCAGUUCUUUUUUUUUUUUUUUUUUGAUGGUUACUUCUUUAAUACGAUAAAAUGUGUUUCAACCCAAAAGCCAGCAUUUUUUAAUGACAUAUACUAGAAAGAUGUCCACUAUCACCACGAUAUUUUUAAUCAAUUCAUAUUUAUAUUUUAAUAAUUAGCAAUGAAAGGACUUACACUUUGGCAUUCCGAGUUACAAAGGAAUGGAGAAAAUAACCCCCCUUAAAAUGAAAUUGGCUAAGGUUAAAGACGUUUUGCAACUUUUUCAGGAAGGAGAAUAUAAAUAUAAACAAUCCUCUUAAAUGUUCUUGAAGGUGAGUUUUUCCUAGAAAAAAAUAACAUGGGACCAUGGAAGGCCACUGCUGGCUGUUACUCGGGGCAAGUCAAAGGAGCAAAGAUGGCCUUGUGGCCACACCACCAAUUUUUUUUUUUUGAAUUUUAUUCUAUUUAUUUUUUUAUACAGCAGGUUCUUAUUAGUUAUCCAUUUCAUAUAUAUUUGUGUAUAUAUGUCAAUCCCAAUCUCAGUGGGCUCUGUUCUAUUUGCUUACUCUAAGUACAGCUGUUCUUAUAGAUUCAAUCUUCAUGUCAGAGUUAAAAUAUUGCUAGUCUUAUAAUAGCUAUGUAAUUUAUUAAUAUCACAUAAUUUAUUUAAAAUGUUUAGCCCUUGAUAUUUUAUUUUUGAAUGUAAUACCCCAUCCUCAUUUGUUACUUUAAUACUGAUACCCCAAAAUGUGAAAGUUGAUUUAAUGAAAUUUAAUCACAAUAGGUUGGGAGUGUGCUAAAAUAUAUGGCAACACUCUUGUUAACUGAAAAGCUGCAGAAACUCAGAUGACGCUAAAGGCCGUAACCACACAUCGUGCCUUUGAAAUCAAACUAGUUUGUGGAGCUGUUGACUUUGGCUACGCUCUCACUUUGGCUGAACUUAUAAAGAAAACUCACGAGUCAUUAUAUAUUGUUCUUGUUCUCCAAAUUAACCCCAUUACCCAAUCUUCCACGCAAGCAAAGAAGGCAGAAAUGACCUGGAGUUACAGAUUUCCAAAUAACCUUUAUAAACAGAAAAGGAUGAUCUCUGCAAACAUGUAUGAGUUUCAAUGUUCUUCUUGAAAUUAUUUCUCAGGCAGAAUGGUGUUAUAAAAUUCUCUUAAUUUUGAUAUUCCUGAAUAGCACACUUUUAUGUAGGUUAAAAUACUCAACCAGUACUUAUUUAUUUGCAUGUUUCUCUUUUUUAACAUAAGUACAAAAUCUUAAGUAUUUAUAUUUGACAUGAGAAACGGCACUAAAGCCUAUAAUGAUAAGUGAAGUAGGUUCUCUAUGUGCAGUCCUGGAAAUAAGAAAUGACUUUUAAGAAGGAAUGGUAUCCAUAGGCAUCUUAAACCUUUGGUUUUAGAUGUAAUGAAAAGAAGGCUAGAUUUGAUUCCAAGUCACACCUGUGCCUCGGUGAGUGUGUGGCACACAAUUCAUCUGCUCUCAUCUCCCCAGGUGCAAAGGACCACGGGGCGAUUCACAAACGGUAUUUUGUCUUCCUCUAAAUUAUUUUUUAAGAUAAGAGGAUCUCCCUUAAUCUAUUAAUGAAAAUAAAAUUGUAAGAGAUGUUUGCCUUUCUAGAGGUUUUUAUAUUUUAUGACAAGUUUUUGUUUUACACCUACAGAUAGGUCCCCUAACUCCACUUUAAAUGGAUGGUUGUCCAAUUGAGGCUAAGAUUUUACCUAAAUAAUUGCAUUUAAGUGUAUGCAAAAGUGUGAGUAUUCAGCACUUUAAUUUUCAGCAUAUGAAGUAAUACUCUAAAGGAUAUUCAGCUAAUAUGGUAACUCUUAGUUUCACCACCAGAGACAUCCUCAGGUGAGAUGUUAAUUUAUGAUGAUUUGGUAAUUUUGGUUGCAUUUAACUCUUGCGUGGAGUACUCUAAUGCACUUCAAUGUUUUGUUAUAUUUUUCCUCAGUGUGUUUGCCGUCUUCCUAGCCAUUUUAUUACGUCAAGACUGAUGUAACAGAAAAAGCAAACUAUUUGAAAGGGUCUGACACUUUCUAAAAGAAUAUUAUGUCUUUAUUUUAAAGUGGAGAUAUAAAUAUCAAAUUCUUUUUUGCAUUGAUCUAGUACAAGAAUCUAGUAUUCUUAUACAACUAUAAGCCAGAAUAUCUUGAAAGAAAGCCAAAAAGAUUAAUAAACUUAGAACUCUGAAAAGUUCUUAAUGCAGCCCUUCAAAAAUUUAAUGUAUUAAAACAUGGGGGAGCGGGGGCAGAGAGACAACAUUUGCUACAGCAGGUAUCAUUGCCUGGCAGCAUUUAACGAUAUCAAAAAUGCUGUUGCUGAUUACAAUUUAACUUCUUUCACGAGGUGACUCCAGUCUUAAAAUUAACAGCCCAGGAUGUCAGAGGAGAAGGAACUGCAUUUCCUCCCACCAAUACAUAUGUAUGGAGAGGACCCACAUGGGGUCGAGUGAAGAAAAACAAUUUUUCAUAUGUCAUCAUCUGGCAAUAAAUGUCUAAGGCCAAAGGCCCUGUUAACCUUUACAAAGAUCAAGGUGUUGCUGAUAGUAAAUCAAAACCUUUUAGUUGCCUUUGAGAAGGUAACAUUAGGACAUCCGUGUGCGAGAUGUUGGCUACUUAUUCCUCCAGCAGACGGCGUGCGGGCCCUGUAAAAGAAUCUCAUCAUUAUCUCUCCCUCAGCUGGUUGGGCUGUUGGUUUCUUUACUGACCUAUAGUUGCCUUAAAAUAUUAUAUUAGUUUUCAGGUGUACAACAUAGUGAUUUGAUAUUUUAAUAAAAUAAAGAGAGGAUGAAAGUUCGUUGUUAAAAACUAGGAAUUACGCCAACAUCAAUAUCAUUUAGCACUGCUUUUUUCUGACCUUUUGCAGUAUAGAUAAGGAAUACUUGGCUAAAUAUAAUUAGCAUCUUUAGAAAUGUAACAAGGUUGAAUCGUAAAAAUAUUGCUAGUGUCAAUGUGUUGGGCCUUGGGUUUUUCAGUGCAAUAUUGCCCGUUACACAUGGCCCAGAAGUCCAUCACUGGUGUCUCACCCACUGACCGUUCUCCCUGGAAAGCAUUUAAAAUGCCCCACUAAGGUCUCAACUCUUGAUAAGACAUUCUCUGUAUGUAAUGCACUGCCAUAAACUGACUUCUUAACUCUUUUCCUGUGUUGGUUUUUCUUUUUGGUUUUUGGGGGGUUUUUUUGUUUUGUUUUUUCUACCCACACCAUACCCCCUCCUGUUUUCUAUAGCUAAAUUCUGAUUACUCUGAUUUCAGUUCUUCAUUCUUUUUUAUCUGCAGUCACCAGCUCUCACCACGGUAAAUUCUAUUUUGAUCUUUGCCUUUCCCUCUUACAAACCUGUGCGUGCACGUUCACAAUCCUCAGGGCCGCUGGCAGAGACAUGAGUAGCAGAAUUGUAAAUGAAAAUGGAGAGAAUUGGCAUAGAGGUGGACGUCCUGAAUUCCUCAUCACGCCUCCACCACCAACUCUGUGAGUCCCAAUUUUCUCAUCUCCAGAACCAGGAGAUCAGAACACCGUCCUUCAGUUCUUAAUUCUGAUUCUUUUCCACAAAAUUAAGCACUGACCAACAUAACAUGCCUACAGAUGUUACCACGGAAGUAAAGAUGGACAAAUGAUGCCCAAAACGGAAACCAACAAGUAAAUCCAGAGAAAAUAUAACGUGUUGUUUAUUCUCUUCCUUUUGGAUUGCUUUUCUGGGACUGUCUACUGGUAAGAGAAUUUGAGAAUUCUUAUUAAAAACAUUUUUGUCUAAUAAUAUCUGUGGAAUAGCUUGGUAAAGGAUAGCAUUAAGCAACAGGUUAAAGACAGUGAAAAUUUUGCAGGCCAAUACAAUUUUCCUGGGCCUAAUGCUUAAUAGCCUUUAAAAAAAAAUUAUGUUAGAAUCUAACGGCACAGACCUAUUCAACAAAAAUUAUGGUUCCUUCAUAGGACACUAUUCAGUCUUUUGAAAAAACGUCUAGUAAAAUAAUGAUGUGAAAAAAUUUACGAUAAGUAUAAAGCUGUUAGGAAAGAUUUGCCAUGGGAUUCCAGUGUAGCUGAGGGGCGGAGGGGGGCACUGCUUACCAUUUCUAGCCCAAAUUUUGGUCUCUCAUAUCAUUCCCGACUGAAAAUAGCCAGAGCCCUUUGAAGAAACGGUUGACUCCAGGUUAGGGAAAGGGAAACACAAGGUGAUCCCAGGUUAUCUGGGGACUAAAAGUAAAGAAGCUUUCAAAGACCAAUGGGGUCAUGUCAAAAGGGCACAAAAGCCAGGUUGAUGUAGUUCUCACCGGCCUAAUUUGACACCGUUUGAGCCCAAUUAUCGAGAUCGUAGUUAACUGAAAUUCACUGGGUCCAUGAAAAUCCGUAAGUCAUUCGUGAUUAUCAAAUGAGUCACUAAAACCACUUUGUCACCAGUGGAGGUAGCCAUUAAACCAACCCCUUACUUUGAAAACUUUAUGCCUUUAUUCUGCCUUUCCAGGAAGACCUUUAUUUCUCGAAACCAGUAGCCCUCGUUGAUAAGGGAAAGCUGACUUAAAGAAGAAUACCAGCUAGUAGAGGUAGAUGAUGACAAACAGAAAUGUAAAAUCAUCAUUUUGCAGUCCCCAGUGAAAUCACUGACUCAGACAAGGAUUAUCAGUUGGUAUUAAAAUUAUUAGAUGAGGGAUGGAUGGGGAAGUAAAUUUUGUACGUGCUUUGCCCAAAUAACAUCAAAAAAGAUCACACUCAUGACAAGGACGAGAUCUUAACUGUACGACGGAGGAGGAGGGAGGCCAAAAUUGUACAAUAUGAAGAAUAACGCCAUCUUCACACUAAUUCAGUGACCAAACUUGGCAGCUCUAAUGGUGGAACAACCAGGCACUGUGCGUCCCCAAGUGGAUUGCCUACGUGUCUACACAUCACCAGGGAUGUAUUCUCAACUAAAGUAUUUAAGUUGAAUCUGUCAAGCCUUCAGGUGUAACUUUCAGUUUACAAGAAAGUACGUAGAAGAAUAAGUUAAAAGCUGCCACAGAGAAAUAAUCAGACAAACCCAGACGAUGAAACAUUUUACAGGACAGAUCAGUGUCAUGAAAGAAAAGACACUAGAUUAAAGGAGAGGUAAGGAAUACAACUAGGCUGCUGUAACUGGGGCUGGAUCCUGAUUUGGACAGACCAGACCAUCAUGUUUUGAGGACAACUUGUGAAAUGUGCAGUACGUAUACUGAAAAUUGUAAUUAAUUUUGUGAAAUGGGAUAACGUUUUUAGCCAUGUAGAAGGAAAUAUUUAAUGUGUGCUAAAGUAAAAUCUUCCAAAACUGUU